AUGGGUAUGAUGAACAACUGCUGGUACAUCAUGAAGCGGGAGAUCGAGCAGACAAAAGACGACGACGCACCACACAUGCUCUUCCGCCAUCCAUGCGAACCCGGCACAGGCGACGGAGGUUGGAUGAAACCUUCUGUGGAGAACCAAGUCGCCAGCGCAAAGCAAGAAGCCGGGGCGCCCACGAAGCAAUUCACUCGCGAAGAAAUCGAAAAGCACAACACCGAAAAAGACUGCUGGCUCGUCGUCGACCAAAAAGUCUACGACUGCACCUCAGUCCUCGCCUGGCACCCUGGCGGCAAAGCUGCAAUCCUCGGCCACGCAGGAAAAGUCCACGCCGAGACUAGCGACGAGCUCGCCUCGAUCCACGACGGCUUCGCGUACCAGAAACUGAAAGAGUCCAACGCCGAAGCAGCCGCGAAAGAGAAGGCCUCUAGCAAAACCGAGGGCAAAGACAUCGUCCUCCAAAAGCAUCGAUGGGUCCAUGUCAAAUUGCUUGACCGCAAAGCCUUAUCCGAAGACACACGCUCCUACACCUUCGGCCUCCCCGACAACGUCAAAGACUUGGAAUUGGGAACAUGUCAACACAUCCAGCUCGGCUUCCACCUAAAAGACAAAAUGCUCAUACGGUCAUACACCAAACCACUCCUUCCCGACCCUGCCAAAGCCUCAAAAGACGACCCAGCUUCAAAGCCCUCCUUCUCCUCCGAGAUCCAGUCCAUGCAAGACGGCGCCGGAACCUUCGAACUCGUAAUCAAAACCUACUUCCCCGAUUCUCGCCAGCCCGGCGGUGCCAUGUCCAAUAUCCUCGACUGCAUGCCCGUCGGCGAAGAAAUCGAAAUCCGUGGCCCAACUGGUGAGAUUGUUUACAACGGAAACGGAUCCUUCACAAUAGAAGAUAAGGAAAUGCACUUCAAGAAAAUCUCCCUAAUCCUCGGCGGAAGUGGCAUAACACCCGGCUACGCCCUCAUCGCUAGAGCGCUGCUAGGCGCAGGUGAGGAUGUCGAAGUGAGAGUUGUGGAUGCGAAUAAGAGUGAGAAAGAUAUUUUGUUGAGGGAGGAGUUGGAUCACUUUGUGGCUGAGUCGAAGGGGAGAUUGAAGGUGACGCAUGUCCUGAGUCACCCGAGCGAUGAGUGGAAGGGACUCAAAGGGCAUGUUAACGCCGACAUCAUCAAGAAGAGUCUGUUCCCGCCUGAGGAGGGGAGUGUCACGUUCCUAUGUGGCCAUCCGGCUAUGAUUCAGAAGGGGGCGUUGCCGGCGUUGAGGGAGUGGGGAGAUUUGAAGAUGUCAACGUUUUCGGAUUUUAAAAGUGAUGACGAAACGGCUGGGCAAAGAGCGUGGAUGAGAUCAUUCGAAGGCGACCUCGCGAAACCGUAA